CUCAUCCAGACUCUGUGGUGCCCUUAGUUGGCAUCCAGUGCAUCGGAAAACCAGUGGCCAUUCCAGGUGGCCUCAGAAGGCAGCUUCCGCGGGAGCUUCAGUGGUUUUGUGGCCUGGGACCUGCCACUGCCAGACAAGCUUGACUCCCUGACAGCUACUGCUGAAAACUCGGGUUAUUCCCCUCCUCCUCAGCCCUACCCUCCACCUUCCUUCUCUUACUUAGACUAAUCUUUAAAAGUGAUGUAACUUAAAACAGUCCAGUGUGAGUUCAUCUCUGGGGCCGGCUAGUAUCCGGGGAGCAGAGGUGACUAAGAUCCUUUGCCUACAGAUCAGGGCAUCCUAGGCACCAUGGCUGAACAACUCCUUCCUCAAGCUUUGUAUUUGAGCAACAUGCGGAAAGCUGUGAAGAUACGAGAGAGAACUCCAGAAGACAUUUUCAAGCCUACGAAUGGGAUCAUUUACCAUUUUAAAACCAUGCACCGGUGCACCCUGGAAAUGUUCAGAACUUGCCAGUUUUGCCCCCAGUUCCGGGAGAUCAUCCACAGAGCCCUCAUCGACAGAAACAUCCAGGCUUCCCUGGAAAGCCAGAAGAAGCUCAACUGGUGCCGCGAAGUCAGGAAGCUUGUGGCGCUCAAAACCAACGGUGACGGCAAUUGCCUCAUGCAUGCCACUUGUCAGUACAUGUGGGGUGUCCAGGACACAGACCUGGUUCUGAGGAAAGCCCUCUUCAGCACGCUCAAGGAGACAGAUACACGCAACUUCAAGUUCCGCUGGCAGCUCGAGUCUCUGAAAUCUCAGGAAUUCGUGGAGACAGGGCUCUGCUACGAUACUCGGAACUGGAAUGACGAAUGGGACAACCUUGUUAGAAUGGCAUCCACGGACUCCCCGGCGGCCCGCUGUGGGCUUCAGUACAGCUCGCUGGAGGAAAUUCACAUAUUUGUGCUCUGCAACAUCCUCAGAAGGCCCAUCAUCGUCCUUGCAGACAAGAUGCUGAGAAGUCUGGAAUCAGGCUCCAAUUUUGCCCCUUUGAAAGUGGGUGGGAUCUACCUGCCUCUCCACUGGCCUGCCCAGGAAUGCUACAGAUACCCCAUCGUCCUCGGCUAUGACAGCCACCACUUCGUUCCUCUGGUGACACUGAAGGACAGUGGGCCUGAAAUCCGUGCCGUGCCCCUUGUUAACAGAGACCGCGGAAGGUUCGAAGACUUAAAAAUCCACUUUUUGACAGAUCCUGAAAAUGAGAUGAAGGAAAAGCUCUUAAAGGAGUACUUGAUGGUGAUAGAAAUCCCAGUCCAGGGCUGGGACCACGGCACCACGCAUCUGAUUAAUGCUGCAAAGUUGGACGAAGCUAAUCUUCCCAAAGAAAUAAAUCUGGUAGAUGACUACUUCGAACUUGUUCAGCAUGAGUACAAGAAAUGGCAGGAAAACAAUGAGCAGGGGCGGAGAGGGGCACGCCCCCAGAACCCCCUGGAGCCCGCCGCUCCCCAGCUUUCUCUCAUGGAUGUAAAAUGUGAAACUCCCAACUGCCCUUUCUUCAUGUCUGUGAACACCCAGCCUUUUUGCCACGAGUGCUCGGCGAGGCAUCCAAAGAACCAAAGCAAACUCCCAAAGCUGAACCCCAAGCCUGGCCCGGAGGGGCUCCCGGGCAUGGCUCUGGGGGCGUCUAGGGGAGAAGCCUACGAGCCCGCAGCCUGGCGCCCCGAGGAGCCGGCGAGCGGCCCUCACUCCGCCCCGCCGACAGCCCCCAGCCUCUUCCUGUUCAGCGAGACCACGGCCAUGAAGUGCAGGAGCCCGGGCUGCCCCUUCACCCUGAACGUGCAGCACAAUGGAUUUUGUGAGCGAUGCCACAACGCCCGGCAGCUGAACGCCAGCCAGACUGCAGAUGCCACCAGGCAUUUGGAUCCCGGAAAGUGUCGGGCUUGCCUCCAGGAUGCCACCAGGACAUUUAAUGGGAUCUGCAGCUCUUGCUUCAAAAGGACUACCACGGAGUCCACCAGCCUCGGCUCCGGCGUCCUCUCUUCCUGUCACCAGAGGUCGAAGUCCGACCCCUCGCAGCUCAUGCAGAGUGUCUCCCCGCAUUCUUGUCACAGAGCUGGAAACGACACCCCCUCAGGCUGCCUCUCGCAGGCCGAGCGGACUCCCGGGGACAGGGCUGGGACCAGCAAGUGCAGGAAAGCUGGCUGCACGUACUUCGGGACUCCGGAAAACAAAGGCUUCUGCACGCUGUGUUUCAUAGAGUACAAAGAAAACAAACAUUUCGUUGCUGCCUCGGGGAAAGCCAGUCCCACCGGCUCCAGGUUCCAGAACGCCGUUCCGUGCCUGGGCAGGGAAUGCGGCACCCUCGGAAGCACCAUGUUCGAAGGGUACUGUCAGAAGUGCUUCAUCGAAGCUCAGAACCAGCGGUUUCGGGAGGCCAAGAGCACUGAGGAGCAACUGAGAUCCAGCCAGCACAGAGACCUGCCUCGGACCACCCAGGGCACCUCGAGGCCCAAGUGCGCCCGGGCCUCCUGUAAGAACAUCCUGGCCUGCCGCAGCGAGGAGCUCUGCAUGGAGUGCCAGCACCUCAGCCAGCGUGUGGGCCUCGCGGCCCACCGGGGGGACCCCGCUCCCGAAGAGCCCCCCAAACAGCGCUGCCGGGCCCCGGCCUGCGAUCACUUCGGCAACUCCAAGUGCAACGGCUACUGUAACGAGUGCUUCCAGUUCAAGCAGAUGUACGGCUAAGCGGAAGCAGGACCCAGCAUGGUGCUACACUCCCGUCCCCUGGGUGCCAUGGGAAGCGGCCCUGGAACAGGGGCCUGGAGGGUGUCUUUGAGCAAAGGAGGGAAGAUAAGCUCUUCGUCCUGCCUGUGACACUCGGGUUGGGCCCGGCUGGCCUGACAGCAGGCAGAGCUGAAGGCCGGCAGUGCACGGGGUCAGGAUCGGCCCAGGGCUGCUUACCUCCUACCGAGCAGGCCGCCCGACGUCUCUGGACUUGGAAUGUGUGCCAGAUGUGGUGUGAGCCCGUACCCCGCCCACAGGAGUGCUGCCUCCUCCUGUGAGAGAAGGGAAAGGACAGAUGGGGGCCUGGAGGCCCAGCCAUCCUGGUGGCCUCCUGAGGACAGACGCUGAGUCCUCCGGCAGGCACCGGGAGUCUGCGGAAAGCCCGAGGGGGCUCAGGAAACACAGACCUGUUCAGAGAUCGGCAGGGGUUAGGGUGCGCCGCUGCCUGCUUCCCUGCCAAGCGAGGUUCUGGAGAAAAUCAGAACGUUUCCACAGGACAAAGCCAGCAAGCUGCUCUUUGCCGUAUACAUUCUUUCACAGGAACGCUUUUGGGGGACAGUGUCUAACUCUGGGUUACCACUGUCUUCCUUCUGAAGAGACCACCUUGAAUUAUUGUGUGUAAAAAUGUAUACAUGAAUAAUAUACCCUUAUAUUAUGUAUGAGGGAUUUUUUUUUAUAUUGAAAUGCUGCCCUAGCAGCAUUGGUAUAAUUCACUUUAUUUAUUGUAUUGCAAACUUCAGUUAUUUAAGGGAAGACGUUUCUUCUGCCUUGCCUCCGUGGGCUGACAUAUUUACUUGGGGAACCUUCUGGAAUCGAGCAAGUGCCUCACCUCGGUUGGGGGCGGGGGUGGCCUCUUUGAUUCACUGCUGCUGUCUCCCUGGGAAGGAAGGAAAGGCUUCAAGAGUGAGUUAGGACAGUCUCACCCAGCAUCUCGAGCCUCUCCAGCUGUGUGACAGAAACUGUUCUCUGAUCCUCCCCGCUGGGAGAGAAGAUAGGGAAGGAGCAGGGACAAGCUUGGGGACCGGGAGGCCUUUCGUGAUGCUGUCCCUUGCUGUGCUAACGGGGUGCCGGGGAGGGACUCAGUGUCCAGUGACACCUCAGCCACGGGACAAGCCCGGUAAUUGCGAGCUGAGGACAGUUCUGUGUCUUUGAGCUGCUCUUUCUCUGUGCGUUGCGGUAGGGCCCUGUUUUCCUUGGGGUGGGGGGAGGGAAUUGGGUCUGAAAUUACGAUCCAAAAAUAUCUAUCGCCCGUAACUGCAUAGCCUUUCCUGAUCAUUUGAGAUGUCUUUUCUCCUGCCCUAGAUCUUCCCAGUGUCUUUCCAAAGAUAGGAAAUAAACUCCAGUGUUUCCACGUAGUUCUUUCAAAACUGUGGCUCCGUAUUUUGUGUCUGCCGAUAUUUUCAUUCUCAGUGUGAAGAGAUGGAAUUAUUUAUACUUAAAGAGAAUAUUUGAAAAUUUGCACAUUUAGUUGUUUCUCAUAGAAUGCUGCCUACCUUUGGAUUUCUUCAAGUUUUCCUAAAUGUAACUUCACAGAGUUAACAUUAAAAAAAUAAAUUAUUGAA